AUGGGAAAUUGUAAUAUAAAUGAAAAAUAAGAGGAUUAACUGGAAAGCAAUAGUAAUUAUAUCAAUUAUAAAAAGUUACUUCUAUAUCUAACUUUUAGUUUAUUGAUGCUAUUGGUAGGGGUGGAUUUGGUAAAGUAUGGAAGGUGAAAAAGAAGAAAAAUAAAUUAUUUUAUGCAUUGAAAGUGAUGUCUAAAGCAAAGUAAAUAAAAUGAGUGUAUUUGUAGAAUUAUUUAAAAGAAGUCUGUAUAGUCAGUUAUAAAUGAGAGAUAAUUACUUAGUAAUUUAAGACAUGGGUAAAUGAUUAUAUUAUGGUUUUAAGAUUUUUGAUAAACAUGCAAAGUGCAUUUUAAGAUAAGGAAUAUUUAUAUUUAGUGAUGGAUUUGCUAACAGGAGGAGAUUUGAGAUUUCAUAUAGGAAGGUUAAGAAGAUUUAAUGAAGAAUAAACAAGUAGAAUUUGAAAUUUGAAUUAGAAUUUUUUGCUGCAUGUAUAAUAAUAGCCUUAGAAUAUUUGCAUUAGAAUGGGAUACUACAUAGAGACUUAAAGCCUGAGAAUUUAGUUUUUGAUAGCAGUGGUAAUUGGUUUAGAAAGUAGAGUGAGGUUAUUUAAGAUUAACAGAUUUGGGAAUAGCAAGAAUUUGGAAACCUGAGAAUUCAGGGGAUACAAGUGGUACACCUGGUUACAUGGCUCCAGAAGUUAUGUGUCGACAUAAUCAUGGAAUAGCAGUUGAUUACUUUGCUUUAGGAGUAAUUGUAUACGAAUGCAUGUUGGGAAGAAGACCAUAUUUAGGAAGAAGUAGAUAAGAAAUAAGAGAAUAAAUGUUAUCAAAAUAAGUAGCAAUAAAAAGACAAGAAAUUCCACCAGGAUGGAAUAUUUAAGCAGGUGAUUUUGCUAAUUCAGUGAAUAUUUUAUGUAUAUCAUAGUUACUUUAAAGAAAACCAUAAAAUAGAUUAGGUACAAAUGGUCCAGAUGAAGUUAAAUAACAUCCUUGGUUUAAAGAUUUUAAUUGGUAGAAAUUAGAAAAUAAAAUGAUGAUUUCUCCAUUUGUUCCUAAUGUAACUCUUUUAUUAUUUUUAUUAAGUGCAAUGAAGAUAAUUAUUUGCCUUCAGAUGGUAGGAAAGAUUCAGAUGAUUCUCUUAAUUAAGAAUAAUAAAUACUAUUAAGACGAAAUUCAAUUUAAAGUAUAUUCAAAUUUUAUCCUUUUCUAGAUUUAUUUAAUGUUUAUGAUUAUGAUAGUUCUAAAUAAUAAUCUUCAUAGAACAACCUUAUGAUUGUUUCCGAUCAAUCAACUUCUAGAUUGGACAAGCCUCCCAUUUCCUCCAUCACUCCGAAAUCUUCUAAAUUAUUAGUAUGA